AACUUUAUUACGCCAUAUCAAAUUGUACAUUCAUUAAACUUUUAGCGAUGCCCGAUGACUUCCGCCGACACGUUCACCACACCGGAAAUGACUGCACGAGACGACAAAGUAAGAAAGGUACCAGCGAACAUGUUGCAGCUCACCUUUGUGUCGUUCAAAAUGGCAGCAAAGAACAUCCCGUUGUAUUCCUGCACCACAAACAACAAUGAGGCGCACCAAUUCAGAUGAUGAGAGCUGAUGCAAAUAAAAUUGAGAGCACCAGUGAAGGAGCGCCAAAGGACCUGGGAGACAGUUGUCAGAGAGAAGACAUCAUUGAAGAUCCUGCGCGUGACAAGUGUGCGACACCGAUAGAGAAUAGACAGCCAUCAGCCAUGAAGAGAAGGCGGGACGAGGACGAAAAGGAGCAGUUGUGCUGCUGCGAAUACAUCAACAGACACGGCCAGCGAAGCCACGUGGGAGCCUGCUGCUGCGACUGCGAGGAUCUGGACGAAGCCUGCGACCGGUUUUUUAAGCGAGAGACUCAAAGUCCAGAGGCAAUGUCCCGGGUGGUCACUGAGAUCAGCGAUCGAGUCCGUGUCCCCUGGUUCCGGGGCGGCGCCCGCAGAGUGGACCUGUCCGUCAUCCCUCCUCUGGUUCUGCUUCCAACCCUGCUGCAUCUCUCCGCGUUCCACUUCCUGGUCGGCCUGGCGGUUCUGAUCGCGCUGCCGGGCUUGCUGCUGUGGUACUACUACUUCACUCACCGCAAGAAGGCCCGGACUCUGUUUUUCCUUAGCCUGGUGAUUUUUUCCUUGGCCUACAUGUACUAUUUAUUCAUCACCAAAGUGGUACCGCGAGGGGGCCUCGGUGCCAUUCAUGUCGCCACGGUAACCGUCGGGGUCCUGCUCACUUUGCUGGGCCUCGCCAUCACCAAGAGAGGCCCGGGCGUCGUAAAGCCAAAAGAGUCGAAUCCUGUUCUCCGAGACCAGGUGGGAGAGUCGCGAGAGGCGGAGCCUAGCCGGAAGAACUGGUGCUCGGUGUGUCGGCUGGUGCGACCACCCAGGGCGGGACAUUGUCGGAUAUGCGGGCUCUGCGUGCUGCGUCAUGACCACCACUGUGUCUGGAUCGACAGCUGCGUAGGCCGGGAGAACCACCGCAGCUUCCUGUUAACGCUCGUCCUCUUCCUGUCUACGUCCUCGUACGGGAUCGGCCUUACGCUGCAGAGCGUGUGUCUGGAGCAAAUCAUCCUCAGCGCUUUGUUCUACUGCCCGGGAGUCUACGAGGAAUACAGUGCCUCCCUUUGCUUCACGUGUGCCUGGUACUGCACUUUGGUGACUUGCGGCGUCUUUCACUUAUUGCUGACUCAGCUGCUCAACAUCAGCUACAACGUGACGGAGCGUGAGGCGCGUGCUGCCGUCAGGGAGCGCUCUGCCCGCCGGGCCCUGUGCGGGCUGGCCGUAGACACCGGCGUCCACUCGCGGGGCCUGUGCGCCAACUGGGCUGAGUUUUGGACCAUGUCGGAGGAACGGAGCAGUUGCCGUCCAGGGAGCGAAGGCGACGAGUCACGCGUGAAAGUCAGUCAUUUCGACACCCAUCCCGCUUUCGGGGUAUCAUCACACCCAGAUGACGUCUGAGCUACCGCUGGCGCAAGAAGCUCCAAGUAGCCCGACCCAGUAUUUGUCGGCGGCGGACAGAUACAAAAGGUUCUGAGUUCUCUUUGUGCUUCCUCAUUAUUAUGGCCUACUUAAGCAAAUGGAAUGUUACAAGGGAAUUUGUCACCCUUGAUGAGUUGGCCUCUUUCGAAGAAAUCUUGGGUGGCAGGCAGUUCCUCAGUCAAGAGAAAAAAGAAAAGUAAACCUCAGGCUUGCAUCAUGAAGAACUUGAAAAUCAAUCACCAGGUUUUAGUGAUUCAGUACAGUUGUGGAAGAAGUAACACGUGAAGCUAUUGCUGCAAAGCUCUUGCCUUAUUUUGUAAUGUUAUAUUCUUGAAAAAAUAACCACAAUAUUGUCACCUUUGACCAAAUCGAAAAAAAAUCAUGUUUCUCACUGGCUGACGUGACUCUUCUACAUCACUUGGACCAACUUCUUUAUUUCUCAAUAAAUGAUUGACGACGUGCUGCUGAGACGUCAGUGAGUUUGUUGACUUUUUUGUCUUUUCACAGAGGAUGUGACCAAAAACUAGGCAGCACCUCAGUCACUUUCCGACAAAGCCUCUCGCGCCGCUCUUCUCGCUCUCUUUCUUUCCGCUGCACACAGGGAAGGAGCCUCCAGGCCUGGAAGCAUCGCCAGAGCGCCACUCUGAAGUCACACGCACACACAAAAGAAAGAAAGGAAGGAGUUUAAGAAACAGACUGGUUCUGGUCCUUUGACGAUACCUAAAUGAGAUUUCAGAGGACAGCUGGUGAAAGCGCGCCCGCCCGCCCGCCCGCCCACCCGCCGUUCCAGACCUGUUGUCGUGCCCCUCGGCCAUCUGCUGAUAUUCCAGCGCCAGACUCUUCUCCUGGAUCACGUGGUCCAGCAGAGCUCGCAAGAACCUCCUCAGCGUGUGGGUGCGACAGAAGACAUCCGCCUGCGCCUCCUGAAGUAGCCGGAGGUCUUCAAGCUGCCGUGUAGCUUAAGCUCCUCCGGAGUAGAAGUCUUUGGUGCAGUCGCUCGGCGCGGGCUUCCUUCUCAGACAGAAUCUCUCUUGCCGACCGGCGCCAUCGGAGAAGGCAUCGCCUCAGGAUGAAGUCCGAGUAAUGACUCUUGGCCCUCUGGCGGCACACAGACACAAUAGAAGGGUAUGAAAUCGUGCCAUGUGAUGCUACGAACUUCUGAGUCACUCUAACGUGAUCCAGUUUGACGAUUAUAAUUCAGUGAUGCUUUUGCGUACCACUAGAGAGCACCCUUGUGCCAUUGAUGGAUGAUGCUAAUUUGCCAAGAUUAAUUCGGAUCAUUUCUUCCUAAAGAGGAAGAAGAUGUUUUUUUUACAAGUAGCAAAAUACUAAAAGCAAGGAGUGAUUAAAAAAACAAGUAGAUCAUUUUUACAAUUUUGAAUUAUUAAAUGCAUAUCGUUGUUGAUUAUGAA